ACUUCAUUUUAACGACCAUCAUCAAUUUUUCCUCCAAUUUUUAUUUUAAUUCGAACAAAAUCCCCCAUUCAGCUCUCCUUUUUUUUUUUUCUUUCAAUCUUUUUUUCUCUCCAAAAGAAAAUUUUUUAGGCACCAAAAAGGGAAAAUUUAUUCUUCGAAACGAUGUCGUGUUCUUCGUCUUUCAAGAAAUCAUCGUGCCUUUCGCGGCGGUUGUCGAGAUCGUUAAGAUCGUAUACGAAAACGGCGUCGUCGGGAACAAUUUCGACGGCGGCGAGUCAACCGGAUUUUUAUUUGGCUUCGGCGGAGGAGGAAGAGGAGGGAGGAGAAUCGUGGUCGACGAUGCUGCCGGAGUUGUUAAGCGAUAUACUAGAGCGCGUAGAGGCGAGUGAAGAUCAGUGGCCUUCAAGGCAAAACGUCGUCGCGUCCGCUUGCGUGUGUAAGAAGUGGAGAGAAGUUACGAGAGAGAUCGUUAAGGCUUCUCCUGCUAGUGGAAAAAUCACUUUCCCUUCUUGUCUUAAACAGCCUGGUCCGCGUAAUUUACCAAACCAGUGUAUUAUAACCCGAAACAAAAAGAAUUCAACGUUCUACCUUUACCUUGCUCUUUCACCAUCAUUUACCGACAAGGGGAAGUUUCUGUUGGCUGCACGAAGAUAUCGACAAGGUGCUCAUAUCGAGUAUAUUAUAUCCCUUGAUGCGGAUGACCUAUCUCAAGGCAGUAAUGCCUAUGUUGGGAAAUUAAGUUCGGAUUUUCUAGGCACCAACUUUACGAUCUUUGAUAGUCAGCCGCCUCACAGUGGUGCCAAGCCUGGAAGUAGCAGAGCCAGUCGGAGAUUUGCGAGUAAGCAAAUCAGUCCCCAAGUCCCGGCCGGCAAUUUCAAGGUUGGGCAGUUGUCUUACAAGUUCAAUCUCUUAAAAUCAAGAGGUCCUAGGAGGAUGGUUUGCUCGAUAAAAUGCCCUUUGCCGGCAAACACCACAUCCAGCCAUACAGUUUUGAAGAACAAAGCUCCAAGAUGGCAUGAACAUUUACAAUGCUGGUGUUUGAAUUUCCAUGGACGUGUAACAGUAGCAUCGGUGAAGAACUUUCAACUGUCUGCUACUGUAGAUCCAAACUCGGGAGGGGAAGUAGACAACGAAACGGUUGUCCUCCAGUUCGGAAAAGUAGGGGAUGACACAUUCACCAUGGAUUAUAGGCAGCCUUUAUCAGCCUUUCUUGCUUUUGCCAUCUGCCUUACAAGCUUUGGUACAAAACUGGCUUGCGAGUGAUUUUAUUUUGAUACGUACAUUAUUUUUAUAUAUUCCAUAGUAACAAGCUUUAACAUAUCUUUGUUUUCCACUAAAUAUCAUCUUUUAAGUUUCUGUAACUAUUGGCUGCAAAUUAUAUAUAUUUUUAAAGAACACACUUCAUUUCAUGGUCACCACAAAGUCCAAAACACUGUUCUUACAAGCAAAACCAUAAUGGUAGAGAACAUUCAUUUACACCACAAAAGGAAAAAAGACCCAACUCGCCUUACUUCUUACCUCGCAGCUUUGCACCAAGAGCCCUCUCGAGUUUACCGAUUAUCUGUUGGUUAGGAAUGGCUUUUCCAGAUUCGUACUCUUGUAUGAUCUGAGGUUUCUCAUUGAUCAACUG